AUGACAAACCAAACUCUUACUACUCAUGUCUUUCUUCAGACUUUGCGCCUGUCAUUAAGGGGGAACAAGGGUGUCAGAUCCGUGAGGGGGUUGGUCGACUCAGGGUCUCAAAGAAGCUACAUUUUGAGAUCCACAGCUGCUGCACUCAAUUUGAAGCCAAAGAGGACAGAGAAAAUAACCCAUUGCCUUUUUGGUGGUACACAGGUUGACAACACUCACUACUGCUAUGACAUUACCGUUUUCAGGGGCAACUAUAGCAUCACAUUCGAAGUUCUAGAUCAAUUCUGUAUUUGUAACGAUGUGGCGACGGUAUUCUAUGGUCCUUGGAUACAGGAAUUGAGGAUCGCUGAUAUCGAUGUAUCGGAUGUGGGUGAGUCAGGCCCGAUAGAAGUGUUAAUUGGAGCAGAUGUUGCUGGGUUAUUCUACACUGGCAGAAGGCACAAGUUGAAGAGUGGACUGGUGGCAUACGAAACACAUUUUGGCUGGACAAUGGAAGGCAAGGUACCGACGCCGAGUUCUUUAAGUAUGCUGACGACGGUUUCCAUGCUGUCAAACCCUACCAUAACUGAACUUUGGCAGUUGGAUGUCUUGGGUAUAUCUGACCCAGAGGGGAGAAAGUCCAAAGAAGAGCUUGCGAUGGCAGCCAGGAGGAUGUUUGAAGAGACUGUCCAGAUGAACGAAGAGGGACGAUAUGAGGUGAGGCUUCCCUGGCUGGAGGAUCAUCCUGUUCUUCCUAACAACCUAGAAACGGCCAGAAAACGACUGGCAGGUACUUUAAAGAAGUUAGCGAAGGACCAGCUUAUUUCCAGGUAUGAUGAGGUGUUCAAAGAAUGGGAAUCUGCAGGUAUUAUCACAAAAGUUAAUGCAGAUGAUGAAAAAGGGCAUUACCUUCCUCAUAGACCAGUUAUCAAAGAGGGAUCAACAACUGCUGUUCGACCAGUCUUCGACGCAUCAGCACGUGGAAAAAACAGCCCUUCACUUAACCAGUGUCUGGAAAAGGGGCCUAACCUAAUUGAAUUGAUACCUGCACUUUUAACCAGAUUUCGUGAGAAUAAGAUUGCCGUUAUAGCAGACAUUAAAAAGGCGUUUUUACAGAUUAGUGUCAACACUAAAGACCGUCAUUUUUUAAAAUUUCUGUGGGUCGAUGAGAAGGGACAAGAAAUUGUUUACAAACAUAACAGAGUUGUGUUUGGAGUGAACUGUAGCCCUUUUCUACUCGGAGCGACAAUAAAAUAUCAUCUGUCGAAAUAUUUUAACAUAGCCUCUGAUGAAGGGAAAUUCUUUUCUAAGGAAAACAUAGAGAGACUUGACAGAAGUUUCUACGUAGACAACUGCGUAACCAGCGUUCCAGAUGAGGAGGUGCUGAACCAUUUUAUCACGCAGUCGGUACAAGUAAUGCAAGAAGCAGGUUUCGAGCUCCGAGGGUGGGAGUUCUCAGGAAAUGGAGCUUCUCAGGAAAAUGGAAUACCCGUGCUUGGACUUCGAUGGUAUCCAGCCAGGGAUGUUUUGACACUUAAUAGGGAUUUGAUCAAUGUAGAAAUCGGGGAUAUGCUUGUCACGAAAAGGAAAUUAUUAUCAGUGGCUCAAAAGAUCUUCGAUCCAAUUGGAUUCACCUGCCCUGCGACGCUUCGACCGAAAUUGUGGUUACAAGAAUUGUGGUCGAGGAAUAUUAGUUGGGACACUGCGGUAGAAGAUGAUAUAGCUAUUUCAUUCAAGGAGUGGGUCCAAGGAAUUCCGAACUUGCUGCAAAUCGAAUUACCUCGAUGGACAAACAUUGGUGAAACAAAUCCAGAAGAUGUCAGCCUUCACACCUUUGUUGAUGCCUCGAAAGAUGCUUAUGCUACCGCUAUCUUCUGUAGGAUCCAGAAGGUCGAUAAAGUGUUAGUUUACUUAAUGGCAGCCAAAUCCAGGGUAGCGCCAAUAGAGAAGACCAGUAAGACGUUAACAAUUCCCCGUUUAGAAUUGCUUGCUGCAACGAUAGGAUCCAGGCUGUAUUCACAGGUAGUAGAGAAUUUGUCGCAACGUUAUGAAACCUACUUUUGGAGCGACUCCACAACUGUCAUAGCGUGGAUUCAAAGAAAUGAAGAGUGGGGUACAUUCGUCCAUAACAGAGUUGAGGAAAUUAGAAGAUUGACGCCCUUGGAAAACUGGCAUCAUAUACCAGGAAGUAGAAACCCAGCCGAUCUACCUUCACGUGGAUGUUCACCUACCCAUUUACUAGAGUCGAAAUGGUGGGAGGGCCCUGAUUGGUUAUAUCAACAAAAAAGUGGCUGGCCUAUGACGAAACAGUUGACCACAGAUGAGGGAGAAAUUCUAAGAGAAAAGAAAAAGACAGUGAAGACGUUAUUGGAUAAAGAUGCAAGUACUGCUGAUUUUCACCUUGAUCAUUUCAGUGAUUACCCAAAAACAGUAAGGAUGGUGGCAUGGAUAUUCCGAUUUGGUAAUAAUACCAAUUGCUCAAAACAGCGAAGAACUGGAGAUAUUUCAGUCCAGGAGAUGAACAUGGCUGAAAAAUUCAUUUUCAAAUUGAUACAGAAAACUAGUUAUCAUAGUCCAGAGGAGAUUAGAUAUUUGAAACCGUUCUAUGAUGAGGAUGGUCUACUCAGAUUGAAGACGAGUGUAGCAAAUAGACCUGAUACCGAGGGCUUCAGAUUUCCGGUCAUCUUACCUGCGAAACAUCCUGUCGUCAGUAGCCUUAUACUUCACACACAUAAGAAGUCAUGUCAUGUAGGCGUUCAAGGCCUUAUGUCUUUACUCCGAGAGAAUUACUGGGUCAUUGGAGGUCGCCGGGCCAUCAGGUCCAUUGUGAAGAGUUGCGUGGUUUGCAAAAGAUUCAGUUCAAAACAUUUUGUGGUGGAACCACCGCCUCUACCCAUCGACAGAGUUCGAGAAGCGAUGUGUUUCGAAGUGACAGGGGUCGACUUCGCGGGACCAUUGUAUUUAAAAACAGGUGAGAAGGCGUGGGUGUGUCUUUUUACAUGCGCAGUCUAUCGAGCUGUACAUUUAGAACUGGCAUCGACUCUUUCCACUAAGGGAUUUUUGCAAGUUUUUCGGCGUUUUGUCUCGAGAAGAGGAAGACCAAGGGUUAUCUACAGUGAUAACGGAACCAAUUUCCGAGGUACAGAUAAUUUGUUCGAGAGUUUGGAUUGGCAGAAAAUAACGCGCGAAGCGGCAAUACGGCGAAUAGAGUGGCGCUUCAAUCCUCCUACGGCCUCUUGGUGGGGAGGAUUUUUCGAGAGACUUAUUGGUGUAGUGAAGGGGCUGCUGAAAAAGGUCUUGGGGUCUGCACGUCUCAAUUAUGAAGAACUAUUGACUAUAAUUUGCGACUGCGAGGCGACGGUUAACGCCAGACCUCUUACAUACGUGUCUAGCGAUUCCGAAGAUAUAUCGGCGUUGACACCCGCUAUGUUUUUACGGGAGCAAGUAGAGACUCUCUUACCUGAUUGUGACCUCAUUGAAAGAGUUUGUUUAUCGCGAAGCCUUCGCAAUAGGCAAAAACUGAGGGAUGAUUUACGUCGAAGAUUCCGAACAGAGUAUCUAGGACAGUUGAAACUGCUGUGUGACCAAAAACCUAAUGCGUCGGUUAAGCUGGGUCAAGUAGUGCUCGUCGGGAACGACCACAGCAGACGGGUAGAUUGGCCUCUCGGUCGAGUAAUUGAGGUGAUCCGCGGAAGAGACGGACUGAUAAGACUCGCUCGUGUAAAGACGCGUUGUGGUGAACUUCUUCGACCAGUGCGACGGUUAUAUCCGUUAGAAUGUGAAGGGGAAGUUGCUCGAGACCAGGAGGGCGAUGGCGCAACAGAGGAUCAUGAACUCUCUUCGCAGCAAGACGACGAACCUGAAGGGCAGUGCGAUUCGGGUAGUGCGGGAGUGUCUGAAAGCAGAGCACCCGAAAUCGAUCUUAAUGUUUCAAGAAUGUCGCGAAGUGGGCGGAAGAUCAAAGUUCCACAAAAACUUUUAGACUAA